ACGGCGAAUACUGGGGAAAUGGAGAAUAAGGGACCGUGGGUAAAUAUACCGCAGCCGCAGAAAACGCUCUCCGGGCUAUAACUUACCCCUGAAUGUCUCCCUGCCGGGCAGCGGGAUUAUCAGCUCAGGAGGAGAGCUAUGAGGCACCGGCUGCUGACACAGGCUGAGGGGCAGAGGGGAGCGGGCUGUGAGCGCCGAGUGAGACUGGGGUGAGUUUGCAGACGGUGCCUUAGUGUUCUGCACAUCUGGGCAGCCUUGGAGGUCCUUAUGCAGCGGUGACGGGGGGAGAGACUGCGGGCAUCAGCCUCAGCGGCAGCACAGCCCGGGCACCGGGGGUAGCACACAGGGGCAAGAUGGGAGAGGCACAUCAGAUCCUCAGUGCCUGGAUGUGAAUAUUCCUCCUCGCAGCCUUUAUACUGGGGGCACCGGAGAAAUCUGCAGCCAACCCCCCCCCUCCACUACAGCCGCCAUGCCAGACACCAUGCUGCAGAUUCUGGAGAGCUUGACCUCUGCUGGGAGAGAACUCAUGUGAAUGUGGAUCUUCAAGAGACUUCCUCAGCUGUCCGUUGUAUUAUCAGCUUCGUCAGAAAUGAACCUUUGGCUCACAAAGCUUAUACAUUGGUUCUUCACUCAAGGAUCUGUCUCAUCAAGGAUCCCAGGCACACCAUGACCCUCAGCAUCUACCCAUUGUGUUUGGGGCUGACUAAUAAACACCACGUUGUGAGCUGAGGAAUGGCCUCUUUGGACCUGCCUUAUCGGUGCCCUAGGUGUGGUGAGCACAAACGUUUCCGGAGCUUGUCCUCAUUGAGGGCUCACUUGGAAUACAACCACACCUAUGAGACCCUCUAUGUCUUGUCCAAGACCAAUAGCAUUUGUGAUGCCGCCGUCUUCCCCAUAACCAGUGAGGCUGCUCUGUUGACCCCAGCACACCGUAGGGACGUCUUUGAGAGCACAUCUUUCCAGGGAAAAGAGCAGAUAUUUACCCGAGACUUGGUCCAAGUUGAAGACUUUAGUCCGUCUUCUUCUCGUUACACUCAAGAAGUGGAGAUCCCUCUAGCGGACAUAUUCACUAAGACAGCCAUGGCCUCACACUCCCCACCCCCUGCAGCAGUGGCAGCUGCAGCAGCCGCAUCAGCGGCAGUGGACGCUGCUUAUGAGGAAGGGCUUGCUAGGUUAAAGGUCCGAGCCUUUGAGAAGCUGGAAGUGGACAAGCGACUAGAGAAACUGACCGAGGAAGUAGAACAAAAGAUAGCCACCCAGGUUGGCCGGUUGCAAGUAGAGCUAGAGAGGAAGAGCUCGGAGCUGGAUAAAGCAAAGCAGGAGAGUGUGCGGCUGAGCCGAGAGAAGCAAGAGCUGGAGGACAGGGCCUCUGAGCUCACAAGGCAGGUGGACGUCAGUGUGGAAAUGCUGGCCUCACUCAAGCAGGACUUGGUGCAGAAAGAACAGGAACUCACCAAGAAACAGCAGGAGGUGUCAGAGAUCGACCUUUUCCUGAAGGAGACGGCGAGUCGGGAAGCGAACGCCAAGGUGCGCCUGCAGCAGUUCAUCGAGGAGCUCUUAGACCGAGCUGACAGGGCAGAGAAGCAGCUUCAGAUCAUCAGCAGUUGUGGCUCCACUCCCAAUGGCAGCUUGGGGAGAUGCAGUGUGACCGGGUACAAGGUGCCACCCAGACAGAGGGAGCGACAUGUCGGAGCUGUUUCUGCUUCCCAUGGCUCUUACUCGGUUGCUAACAAUCAGCGCUCCUCUUCCAUUGGGGCCUCUGGCAGAGUAAAGACUGUAUCCCAGAGCUCCGGCUGUUACGAAAGUGAUGGCGGGGAGCAGGCAGGGGGCGAGGACAGUAUGGAGGGCCAACGAUAUACAGGGAAUAACCAUGGAGAAGACAGCAGCUUUGAGAGGAACAACAACACUCGCAGCUCAGGCCUGCGCAGACAGGCAAUCCAGAACUGGCACCGGCGGCCCUACCGGAACAGCACGGAAGGAGAAGAGGGAGACAUCUCUGAUGUGGGCUCCAGGACUACUGAGUCGGAGGCAGAAGUCUGGGAAGAGGAGAGCGUUGGGUCGGCAGAGCUGAAUUCCAACCGGGCAUCAGGAGGCUGCAGGCCCAAAGGGCGCUGUGAUGGGCGGAUCCAGAGGCCGGAGAAGGGAAGCCCGUCUCGUUCCAACGAGGUGAUCAGCCCAGAGAUCCUAAAGAUGAGAGCGGCACUGUUCUGCAUCUUCACCUACCUCGAUACCAAGACAUUGCUGCGGGCGGCUGAAGUCAGCAGAGACUGGAAAUUCGUAGCUCGACAUCCAGCCGUAUGGACUCGUGUGUUCCUAGAGAAUGCCAGGGUGUCUCCAAAGUUCCUGGUAACCCUCUCCCAGUGGUGCACUCAGACCCACUCCCUGACCCUACAGAACCUCAAACCUCGGCAGCGAGGGAAGAAGGAGACCAAGGAGGAGUACAUGAAAAGCACACGGGGCUGCCUGGAGGCCGGGCUGGAGACUCUGCUUAAAGCAACAGGAGGGAACCUGCUUAUUCUGCGUAUAUCACACUGUCCCAAUGUACUGACUGACCGCUCCCUUUGGCUGGCCAGCUGUUACUGCCGGGCACUGCAAGCUGUUACAUACAGGAGUUCCACAGACCCAGUUGGCCAUGAAGUCAUUUGGGCAUUAGGGGCUGGCUGCAGAGACAUUAUCUCCCUCCAGGUGGCGCCAUUACACCCCUGCCAGCAGCCCACGAGGUUUAGUAAUCGCUGCCUGCAGAUGAUUGGACGAUGUUGGCCCCACCUGAGAGCACUGGGAGUAGGCGGAGCUGGCUGUGGGGUACAGGGACUCUCUUCUCUAGCCCGUAACUGCAUGCGUCUGCAAGUUCUGGAACUGGACCACGUGACCGAAAUCAACCAGGAGGUGGCAGCGGAGGUUUGCCGGGAGGGUCUGAAAGGCCUGGAGAUGCUGGUGUUAACUUCCACGCCAGUCACGCCCAAAGCCCUCCUGCAUUUCAACAGUGUCUGCCGGAACCUAAAAUCCAUUGUGGUCCAAGUGGGCAUUGCCGAUUACUUCAAGGACCCCAGCAGCCCUGAGGCCAGGAAACUUUUUGAGGAAAUGGUUAAUAAAUUGCAGGCUCUAAAGAAGAGGCCUGGGUUCUCCAAGAUUCUACACAUUAAAGUAGAAGAAGGCUGCUAACCCUAUUUUCUACCAGACUGUCAGAUUUUGUGAUUCUGAAAUCCACUGAACUACCCAGAGUUCCAUUUUGCAGUCUCCACAUGGGAAGUGCCAUUACGAACCAUUGCCAAAUAUACAGAAGCAAACGAAUCUUCAACGCCUUCACUGUAAAGCUGCGCCGGGCCCCGAGGAGAAUAAGGCUCUCACCGGCCUAUCCCGCGACGCUGGCUGGUAACACCAAACUUCAGGGUUCAUAUUCUCUGUUCUUUUUGGUUAUUUAUCAUUGUAGAGAAGGAACACGGUGUGCGGCUCCCUGGGGCCGGAUGUAGCGUUACAAGCGAGUCCAUAGUGCACUGCGAAGUAUGUGUGGACCUUAUUAUUUGUGUUUCUGUCAAGUGAGAUAUACAUAUAAAUCUGUAUAUUAAUAUAUAAAUAUAUUGAUAUUUUAACUAUAAA